AUGUAUCGAAUCUUUGCUCAACUAAAGAACCACAUAAAUAAAUUAGAUGAACUCGAUCUACUCAAUCGAUUAAUUAAGGAGACAAAACAACGACAUGACGCCCAAACGUCACUUGAUAAAUGGGAAGAUAAUUCUCGAAUCAAUCGUCGUCUCAAAGAUCUUCAAGCUAUCUUUGAGUUCAAUGGUGAUAAUAAAUCAUCGAACCAUCCAUUCCGUGUCACACCAACCGGUUUACAACAGAUAAUAGAUCGACAAAAGAUCAAAUCCUACUUCGAUUUAGGAUGUGGAGAUGGAAAUAUUACAGCUGGAAUCGGAGCUUAUUUAGGUUUGACUACAGAAGCAAUUUUCGGAGGUGAUGUAUACGAAGUACAAAAUAAGGCAAUUACAUUUAUUAAAGUGAAUGAAAAUCAAUCAAAUAUUGAUCUUCCUUCUAAUCAUGUUGAUCUUAUAACUUCUUUCGUUACAUUUCAUCAUAUAUCUCAAAUUAAACAGACGCUUACCGAACUUGUUCGCAUUCUUCGACCAGGAGGUUAUCUUAUUUUACGUGAACAUGAUUGUAAAAAGGAAUAUUCACUUUCAGCCAAAUAUCUUAAUUUUGUUCAUGCUAUCAUGAUGAUUGCACGAGUUGGAGAAUUUGCUCAUUCUUCAAAUGAUCAUGACAGCAAAAAUCAACAUGUAUUGAGUAAUGACUAUGAAAAUGAUACAGAUAGUUGGACAAAGCAAAAGUCACGUAUUAUCGAAUAUAUAGAAUCAAUUUGUUAUCGAACAUGUGAUGAGUUGCAACAGCAACUUGAAAGUGUUGGUUUUCAUCUUUGUGCAACAUUCUAUUAUGGUGUUGAUGGUUCUAGUAAUCCUCAGAAACUAUUUUAUGCUGUUUACCAACUGGAUAGAAAGUAA